AUGGACCGUGGUCUGACAUUUUCGAAAAGAUAUCCUCCGGAGUUAACCCGCAUGAUGGACGAUCAGGAGUAUGGCGAGUCCUUCGAGGUCAGGGAUCGCGCGAUGUACCAGAAGAUGUGUUCUGGUUUGAAACCUUAUAUCGAUAACGGCGCGAUUACUCCCAGGGCAACUGCCGAGUUGGUUAUGCAACGGCAGCUCUAUGUGCUACAGUCGUUCAAUAUUCUCGUAGAGGAUAUUCUUGAUCUGGGGUCCACGUCUAGGACCACAACUGCGUCGAAGAAAAAGCCACGCAAGGGAGCGAACCAAGCGCAAUCCGCUUCCGCAAAGCCGCAGAAGCUGCCCUUAUCGGAGAUUCUUGUUCAGGCUCAGGACCAGAAGUCUGCUGCUAUUGAAUACCUCGAUUCGCUUCGUACUGAGCCUGCGUUCCUUGCUCCGAUUGUCAACAUGUGGUUUAUGAGUCGCCCUGAACUGUUGCCUGAUGAAAAGGGCCGCAGACUGCCUCUCUACACUGACAAGUAUAAGAGUGUUGCUUUUUUCGAAGUCAUACACUCUUCGAUUGUUGGUGCCGUGGUCUGGGAGUAUGCAUGCCGUUUACUGCAAGGCUUGGUAGAGAAGCCUAACGACAAGACGUACGGCGCAAUUGUCCUUCAGGAACUGUCGAACAUAUGCCAAUUUGAAUAUAGCAGAGUGCAGAAAACUCUCAAGCGGUAUGUCCAGACAUGCUCGGGGUCGAAAUACUUCAAACGAUCCUCCGGUGGCGGCCGCAACGCAGCAACCCGUGUAGUGAUGACCGUCAAGCCGGACUCCCUGGCCCAGGAGGAUCCGCUGCUACAAUACAUCCUGACCCUCACGGAACCCAAGACGGACGCGCUGAAAGCGAUUCCGUGGAUACAGAAGUUGGAUGAUCUUCGCAAUCACCCAACCCAGGUGAGCGAGCUCAUGGAGGCAGAAUCCGAGGCCCUCGCAGACGUUUCCAUUACUGCGGCUUUUAUUCAGUCUCUGGCAACAUCUGUUCCCUUGCCGCCGCCAAACAGCAAAAAGGGACAGGCCUAUCUGCCGAAGAUCAAGGCACUGAUCAACGAGGUUGAACAGCUCUCCGAUGAUAUUGAUCUGAGCGAGUAUGUUGCUCCGAUUGAUCAUCUUCUGGAACCGGGCCUCGCCGGGAAAGCUCUGGCCUCAUUGGACAAAUACAUAGUCGACAAAGCAGGCGCUAGCAUAGGGCUGCUCUAUGACGGCCUUGCUGAGGAAGCCAUGAUAUCUGUUCAAGCUCAGUACACAGAGUCGGAAGAAGCACUUGAAAAGGAGUUUGACGCCAAGUUGUCAAUCGCGCAGCCACCAACCCCCGCACUUAUUGUCCAGCAACGCCGCGAAAAAGCAAAGACCCGUCCUGCGCACUCUUCGGUAUAUAGUAUCACUCCUACCAAGUCCAACGCUGCGGAGCCGGAAAGCAAAGACCCGACACCCGUACACAAGGUCAAGCAGGCCACAUUUGACGUCUUCGCGACGCUGUUUUCGAAGGCAGAAUCGAAAGGCUCCAUCCCCUGGGCGGCAUUUCAGUCGGCCAUGACCGACUUGAAGUUCUCCAAGGUUCCUCGAUUCGGUUCUGUGUUCACUUUCGUCCCGCCCGAAAACUUUUCACCACCCAGGCCGUUUACCAUUCAUCGUCCUCACCAGUCGCGCAUCGAGGGGUAUAAGUUGAUAUAUUUUGCUAACCGGCUGAAGAGGAUAUAUGGAUGGGGAGAGGAAACAUUUACCGUUGGCUAA